AUGCGUCCCCCGUUGCAGGAGGCUGUGCCAGCCCUUGUCCCGCGAGACCUGGCUGGGAACAAGGGCUCUCGAGGCGGUGCUUCCUGGCGCUGGCGCCACACCCCCGCUACAGGCAGGCGCCGUAUCUGCGCCAUCCGCGAGGCCUUCGAGGAGGCGGGCGUGCUGCUGCUGCGGCCCCGGAGCCCCCUGUCCGCCGCGCGUGAGCCGGGCCGCGUUCUCGAGCCUCCGCCGGGCCUGGCCGACUGGCGCGCCCGCGUCCGCCGCGACCCGCAGCACUUCCUGCGCCUGUGCGCGCACCUCGACUGCACUCCCGACAUCUGGGCGCUGCACGACUGGAGCGCCUGGCUCACGCCCUUCUCGCGCAAAGGCGGCCGCCGCUUCGAGACGACCUUCUUCCUGUGCUGCCUGCGCGAGCCGCCGCCGGUCUUCCCGGACCUGGUGGAGGUGGUGGACUGCCAGUGGUCAUCGCCAUCAGAGGCAACCGAGAGUUUCACAUCAAAAGAAAUUUGGUUUGCACCCCCGCAGUUCUACGAAAUAAGAAGACUGGAAAACUUCGCCUCUCUCUCUGACUUGCACAAGUUUUGCUUGGAUCAUGAAUUAGAAGAGGUGGAGAGAUGGAUGCCGAUCAUAUUAGUAACUGCUGAUGGGAUGAUGCAUCUCUUACCAGGAGAUGAGAUGUACUUAGAAGAUUCAAACUUUUUAGAAAAUCUUAUGUCCACUGAAAAAAAGAAUGCCGAAAUCAUGAAGGAAGGGAAGAAGUUUCACCGAGUAGUGAUUUACAGUCGUCAUGAUUAUAACAUCCACGUGACUGUUCAGUCAAAGCAUAAACACGUUUAUCCUAAGAACUACGUAGUAAGUAAGAGCCGUUUGUAGAGAACUGCUUCUUUGUACGCUGGCCUACCCGAGGUUGUCCUCACGACAAAUGAGAAUUCACCAGACUUGCUUGGAACUUAAGGAACUCUGUGCCUAUCUAAGUUCCAGUUCAGCCUCUCAUAUUUCUAGUAUUAUGGAGUUCUCCUAUUUUACUCUUUGAACCUUACAGUAUCACACAAGUAUAAAGUAUUAAUGAUCUUGUUGCCAGAAUGAGAAAAAAAUUUUCACAAGGGUUUCCACUUCUGUAGUGUUUUACUGUCAAAAGUUUAAGUAAGAUAUUCUACUGCCAUUGUCUUAAGAAAAAAAAAUUUUUUAUUGAAGUAUAGUCGAUUUACAAUGUUGUGUUAGUUUCAGGUGUACAGAGAAGUGAUUCAGUUAAAUAUAUAUAUGUGUAUGUAUGUCAUCUUUUUCAGAUUCUUUUCUAUUAUAGGUUAUUACAAGAUACUGAAUAUGGUUCCCUGUGCUGUACAGUAGGUCCUUGUUGUUUGCCAUUGUCUUUUAACUAUGCAACUUUAACACUUUGCUUGAUGUGCUUAGGAGAUCGAGCCAUGAAUUCCUUAGACUUUCUACUAGGAUAAAUUUAAGGAUGUCUGAUUAGAUUGUGAACUGAAGCCUGAGACAACCUUUAAGUGACAGUGUCAUUAUUUUCAUAUGACUUCAGCUUGAUGAUUAAGGUACAAUUCUGCGUAAAACUAAAUGGCAUCAGAUACUAGAUUUACCAAAUUGGAAAUUACUUUAGUGACUAUUUUAAAGAAAUAUGAAGCCAUGACAAAAGCCAUAAUUCUCUUAACUAAUAGAAUACAGAGGUUAGAGAGAUGUAGAACUAUUCAUUAUUUAAUAGUACGUAUUAAUGAUGUUUAUUUUCAGUAUUUUUAAUAUAGAAAAUUUUUUCACCUUCCUCUUGUGAAAAACAUGUUUAUUGGUUAAAGAUGGGAAAUAGUUAAGACUAAUUCUAUUUCAGAUCUUUGACUAUAUUAUGUAUUGUACAAUGAAUUCUAUUUUUCAUGAAAUGUUUUGGUUUUCCUACAUAUGAAAUAGAUGUAUUGAUAAAUAAAGUUUAUGUGGAUUAUUUAAUCCUGACUGG